AAACCAAAAUAUAGACGAAACGAAUAAAAAACAAUAACAAAUCCUCUUUCACUUCCUAAACUACCGCAACUUGCAUAACAGAAACGCCAAACUAGUUGCAGUUACAUGAGGCGUUUCUGAAAUAAUCACAGAACUCGAGUUUUAACCUCGCCGAGGAAAGAGCGACGACGAGAUGUUACCUCGACGCUUUUAAUACAAGAAAUCUCGUUUCUAUAUUUCCACCAACAGCAAAAAACCGAACAUCAGAAGGGAAACGUGUGAUUCUUGACCGGGUAGCGCUCGCGCUAUGGUCACAAUGAAUCCAGCGGCGCAAGGCAACCGCAAGAAGUACCAGAUAUCAAUGGUAAUAUGCGAGGCGGAAGAAAGAAGGCAUCGCAAUGGUGUGAACGCCCUGCAAGUAGACCCAACACUUGAUAGACUUUACUCUGCUGGAAGUGAUUCGGUAAUCCGAGUAAAUGAACGCGAUCGGUAUGCUCAGAGUAUGGAACAUCACACAGAUUGGGUGAAUGAUAUUGUUCUCUGUUGUGGAGGCAGAAAUUUAAUUUCUGCAAGUUCUGAUACAACUGUAAAGGUCUGGAAUGCACACAAAGGUUUCUGCAUGUCCACUCUACGAACCCAUAAAGAUUAUGUUAAAGUUUUGGCCUAUGCAAAGGAUAGAGAACAAGUGGCUUCAGCUGGUCUGGACAAGUCAAUUUACAUCUGGGAUAUUAAUACUCUUACAGCCCUCACAGCUAAUAACAAUACAGUAACAACUACAAGUCUGCCUGGUAGUAAGGAGUCAAUCUACAGUCUAGCAAUGAAUCCUUCUGGAAGUAUUAUAGUCAGUGGUUCCACUGAGCGAGUUUUACGAAUAUGGGAUCCAAGAGCAUGUGCCAAGCUGCACAAAUUUAAAGGGCACACGGAUAAUGUCCGGGCAUUGGUUGUGUCCAAUGAUGGCACACAAAUAUUAUCGGGGAGUAGUGAUGGUAAAAUUAAAUUAUGGAAUGUUGGACUUCAAAGAUGUAUACAAACAAUAUCAGUGCAUUCAGAUUCAGUCUGGGCUCUUCUAGCUUCAGAAAACUUCACGUUUGUGAUUUCCGGCGGUCGCGACCGUAAAGUAAUCAUGACCGAAAUCAAAAACCCGAAAAACACCACUGUGGUCUGCACCGAAGAGGAACCCAUCACGAAAUUAUGUUAUUCGUCUGAUCAUAGAAGUGUGUGGGUCUCGACGACGUCUUCAACGAUAAAUUGUUGGAAAUUACCGAAUGAUAAAACAUGGGGUACACCAGCGACUAAACCAGUGGCGACAAUACUCGGCGGUGCGGCCAUUGUCGAAGCAGUCGUACUAAAUGAUAAACGGCAUGUUUUAACACGAGAUAGUGAUCAGAUCGUUGCGGUUUACGAUGUGCUGAAUGCACGGAAAGCGGAAACACUGGGAAAAGUGAAUUUUCAGGAGGAGUUGACGAAGCGUAUGAGCAAAAUGAUGUAUGUACCGAAUUGGUUUACACACGACCUUAAAACAGGGAUGUUGACUAUACACUUGGGAAACGAAAAAGACGACUGUUUUUCCGCUUGGGUAUCGACAAAAGACGCGGGGUUAAGUGACGAAGCCGAUCAGAAGGUAAACUAUGGUAAAUUACUGCUGCAGUCGUUACUGCAGCAUUGGAAACCGCAGGAUCCUUCCCAGGACUUGAAAGUGAAUGUUCCAGACCAUACUCCGUUUAUUGUUAGUGAGGUGCGUGGAAGAACAUUGUAUCGAGUGUUGGUACGCGACACAAAGGGUGAAACCGAACGUGCAUUACUCACAGACCUCAUCCCAACUUGGGUGACGUCGAACAUUGAAGAGAACUGUCCGAACAAAUUCCUUAAAGUGCAAUUUUACCUGCAACCACAUUCCAGUGUUCCUUUACAUCUCCUCAAAAUGGAACGACAGAAAAAACCUGAUAGACUUGUAGCCAACGAUUUUAUACAAUGUCGUAAAGUGGCCGAGCAUAUAAUAGAAAAAUUCCUAGGAGAAGGCUCAGCGGGUUCACCUGGAGGCGAUACAGAACCACCUGUACCCGUCACCAAUGGUACCACAGUUGACCAAAUAGAAUUGACAUGUAAUGACCAAGUGUUGGAUCCUUCUAUGGACCUUCGAACAGUCAAGCAAUUCAUCUGGAAAGCCAACACCGACUUGACUCUGUAUUUUAAAGUAUUAAAUAGGUAAUCACUAGCACUGUAACCGUAAAACACUCUGGAGGCGGACAUAUGAAUUCCCUCGUCACGCGUCGUCGAUGUUGUGUGUGGUGUGCGCAGUGACGUUUUUAACUUAAGAGACUGCCAGAUAUAUACUAGCGCGAAAUCAUUUACUUUGUGAUUCUUUUAAACAAUGUGAUCAUUUUAUUAUAAUAUUACUAUGAGUUUGGAUUUGAAUGCAUCUCUUCUUCAUUUGUACAAUAAAUAAUUUGCUGAGA